CGAACAUUCAGUUUACGUACGUACGUGUACAGUGCUGUGUGAGUGUGUUGGUGUUCCAUGUACUUUGCUUGUUCUGUAUCGGUACGCUUAUUUCGUGUAGCGAAGGUCCUAAUUUCUUCAAGGAAGUACUCGAGGCUGUAGCUGCAAGGAGAGACGCCUGUGCAGCCGCCGCUGGAAGAGUUCAUCUGCCGCCUGGAGAACGUGACUUCCCGGCUAGAGAGGUCAGUCCGGGCCGUCGAGACCGCCGUACUGUUCCCGCAGCAGGAGCAGCAGGAUCAACAAGCAGCCCUUGCUCCAGCCAAGGCCCCAGCCAAGGCCCCAGCCAAGGCCCCAGCCAAGGCUCCAGCACCCGCGGGCGCCGCGUCAAGGACCGUCAGUUUCGAUUUGCAGCCAGGCAACACCAUGAGCCUGCAGGUCUUCUCUGAUAUUGUGGCGGGUCCCCUCGCCCAGUACCUGGCUCUCUCCUCCAAGAUUGGAGGGGAUGUCGCUGAGCAGGCUGGCUUUGUCAAGAACGCGUUUGAUGUCCAGCGCCAGUUUCUGGAGCUGGCGGGCAGCCGAUCCAAACCAGCCAGUCAGAAUGAAAUGAUACCCCUGCUCCAGCCUACUUCCACCCUGAUUAUCUCCAUUCAGGAGCACAGGGAGAAGAAACGAGCUUCACCUCAGUUCAAUCAUCUUAGCACCAUCAGUGAAAGUAUUCCUGCUCUUGGUUGGGUGGCAGUGAGUCCUGCUCCAUCUCCAUUCGUCAAAGAGAUGAAGGAUGCUGGCUUGUUCUAUGGGAACCGUGUCAUCAAGGACUUCAAAGACAGGGACCGUACGCACGUUGACUGGGUCAACUCUUGGAUCCAAACACUUGUUGAACUCCAGGACUUUGUCAAGAAGCACCACACUACCGGGUUGGAAUGGCAACCCAUGAGAGCAGGUGGUGCCCCUCCCCCUCCCCCCGCAGCAAUGCCUCCACCACCCCCAGUGCUCCCUGAGGGUGAUCUCUCAAGCCUCGCUCUAGACCCCUCUAAGGACCGGUCAGCCCUAUUUGCCGAAAUUAAUCAGGGAGAAAAUAUCACCCGCAGCUUGAAGAAAGUUACUUCUAACAUGCAGACACACAAAAAUCCAUCCCUUCGAACUGGUCCAGCUCCAUUUACGACUGGAGUCUCCAAUUCCAGCAGUGUAAGCCCUGCUGCCCAAGCUGUUGACAAGCCUCCAAAGUUCACCAGGGAUGGCAAGAAGUGGCUCGUUGAGUACCAGAAAGGAAAUAAAAAUCUUGUUGUGGAAGGUGCUGAAAUGAACAAUGUGGUUUACAUGUUUAAGUGUGUUGAUUCCACACUUAUUGUUAAAGGAAAAAUUAAUUCUAUUGUGAUGGAUUCCUGCAAAAAAUCUGCUGUUGUCUUUGACUCACUUGUCUCGUCUGUUGAGUUUGUGAAUUGUCAAUCAGUUCAAAUGCAGGUGAAUGGAAUCGUACCCACUAUUACCAUUGAUAAAACAGAUGGAUGCCAGAUGUAUCUGAAUGAUCAAUCAUUGAAUGUUGAAAUUGUCAGUUCUAAAUCAUCUGAGAUGAAUGUUCUAAUUCCCUCUGCCUCUGGAGAUUAUGUUGAACAUGCUAUCCCCGAGCAGUACAAGACUAAGGUUAGCAAGAGUGGACUGACAACUACUGUGGUUGAGAGUCUGGGUUAAACUCUCAUCAAAGGCAUCAACCUCCUGCUCAUUUUGUGGUGCACAUGACUCUCUGAAGAUAUAAACUGUCUACGCAUUCAGGAGAUAUUGUGUCUUAUUUAUUAAUUUUUUAAGCGGGCUAGGUGUAAGUUCUACAAAGACAUUUCAGUUGCUUUAAGUAGCAGGAAUAUUUUCUAUCUAUCUUUUGCUGGUGUCUCUUGUUAACAAUAUAGUUUGGAAAAAGAAAUUAUUUUGAGAUUCCUAUUCAUACUCUAGUAUGUAAUAUAACAGAAUGUAAUUAAAUGAACAAUUGAAGUCAUCAAAUUGCAUAUAUUCAAGAUCAACAGUGUAUUCAUAUCAUGUAUUAAGGAGUUGAAGUCAACUUUUCAAUCAGCUGUCAGAACAUAGAAGAUUGUGAGCUAUUGUUGCAAUAAGGUUUUGUAUGUGUGUUUUUAUUUUAAAAACAUGUGUAUGUUAAAUCGGAAGUCAUGUGUUUUGAUUGUAAUUUUAGACUAAUGCUCAUUAAAAGCUCAGAAGUGUACUGUACCUCCUAUUGAUUACAUCUAUUGAUUGCUAUUUUCUGUGCUUGUAACAAAAUCAAGACUUCUUUUUCCACUUUCUCAGUAUUAUUUAUUGAGAUGGUCUCAACAGGAGCUGUGAUAAAGUCUCCCUGUGUUGAUGGUAUUAUAACAGCCAUGUUUUUUGUAAAAAACAAACAAACUAAUUUUUAACUGUUGUAUUACAUGUAUUUCAAGAUAUAAGGAUAAGCUCAAUGCAAACACUGUGUGCUCCUCUGGUGUCAAAGCAUUUUCCUCAAUAAUACCUAUGUGUAUUCAAUACAAAAAUAUGAUAGUCUUCUAGAUGAACUAUUAAUUCAAUCCAAUCAAAAGUGUUAUUACACUAUCUUCCUUGUAGCACACAGGCUUGCUCUUAACCUUGACCAAAUCUUUACCCUUGAAAUUGCUGGCUGUAUCAAUAAGUAUCUUCUUUUUAAAGUACUGUAUGUUUGGCAUUUUUUAUUUCAGCAUUUAAAAAUAAUUUGAAAUCUCUAUUUCUAAGUGGAUGUUUUUAAAAUGAUCGGUUUAGACAGCUUUUCUGUUUUCUACAUGCCAGCUGUAUUUAUAAAAAUAAAAAUAUUAUGAUUUUAA